AUGGCACCCUGUCCACAAGCAAGUUCGGCAGUAACACCGACUUCUCUGAUUCCGUUUGCUCUGAGGACAUCCGGCUGCAAUGCCACUAAGGAACAAGGGUCUGAUUCGGCACCUGUACAAACCAUUGCCUUUACUAUUAUUAAUCAGCGAUACACUAAUACCCACAACAAAAUCACUACUAUCGAAGAAUUGGAUGUCACUUCUUUAGGACUAGAGGCUGCUCUCCAGAAGGUUGAAAAUACGGUACCAGAUGGUUCAGUGUUAGUAACAAAUGGUAUUAGUGCUAUUAGACAGGUAUUACAUCCCCUUGCAUUACGGUUAUCUUUCACACUUUCUCCGCUUUUCCACAAGUUUAUCGAUAUCUCGAGAUUCGAAGCUUUACCAGUUGACGGGCAGUGUUCAUUAGAGGAUGAAUUGGGCCUGAUAUGUAACGGAAUUCAUUAUUUGUGUGAAGGAACCAACAAUUUAAUGGGAUCUGUAGAGGACGUAAAAACCGAACUACGCAAUGGGAUAUGUUUACCGGAAACAUCGCUGGUCUCAGAAGUGAUCGUUCGUACUCGAGGUCUUCCCUGGCAAGCAACCGAUCAUGAUAUAGCACAAUUUUUCAUCGGUUUGAAUAUUGCCGCUGGCGGAGUAGCACUUUGCCUCAGUCCGGAAGGUCGACGCAACGGUGAGGCUCUUGUAAGAUUUGAAGAUUCCGAGCAACGUGAAUUAGCCCUCAAAAGGCAUCGGCAUUUCCUACACAAUCGUUACAUUGAAGUGUACCGCGCUACAGGAAGCGAUUUCCUACAAGUUGCUGCAGGCUCCAACUCAGAAGCAGUGCGUUUUGUAAGCCGCGGUAGCACAGGUGCCAUGAUUGUUCGUAUGCGGGGUCUUCCUUAUGAUUGCACCGAAGCGCAAAUUCUUGAAUUUUUCGCGGAAGGUGAAAAUGGUUGUAAAGUAACAGAUGGCGGUAUAUUAUUUGUGAAUAAGAGCGAUGGUCGGCCAACCGGUGAUGCUUUUGUAAUGUUUGAUAAUGAGGAAGCUGGUCAAAAGGCGCUUACCAAGCAUAAACGUACUAUUGGCACUCGAUAUAUUGAACUUUUCAGAUCAACUCAAGCAGAAGUGCAACAAGUGGUUAAUCGAAAUUUGGAAAGUGAUCAACGUAUGAUGGUUCAUGGAAGUAGUAGGAAGGACUGCAUCAGAUUAAGGGGCCUUCCCUACGAAGCUCAUGUAGAAAAUAUUGUCGAAUUUCUGGGCGAAACCGCACGACACAUCAUGUUUCAGAUGGAUUCGGAGAUGAGUGCAGCAACCGCUGCUGCAUUAGCUCAUAACAAGUAUAUGCAAAUAGGGAAGAAACAGCGCUACAUUGAAGUGUUCCAGUGCAGUCCGGAAGAUAUAAAUUUGGUUCUGACAAACCCACCAUUACCACCGCAAUUCAUUCUGCAGCCAAGACCGCUCUUCCCACAACAAACUGUUCAAAGUUUGGUACCAGCAAUAGUACCACCAUUUACACCGUUGUACUGGCCAUGUCUUAGUCCACCGGCGUCACCAUGUAUUUACCCGUUGCAGUCGCAACCUGGUCUAGUUUUGGUUACCGGACUUUGUCCAAAUAUUACACCACAAGAUAUUUUGGCAUAUUUUCAAACCAAUCCAGAGAUAGCUAUUGAAAGUGUUCAAAUGUUGCGAUGGGGAACGACACAAUAUUCCGGUGAAGCACUGGUGCGCUUCCGCUCACGAAUGGAUGCGGAGCGAGCGUUGGCAGAACAUGUUGGAGCUCCACUUGGUACCAUACCACUGAAUCUUUCACUUAUACAUACCUGA